AUGUCUUCAGAUAUUCAGACGGUUGCAGCUCUACUCCAAGCUACUUUGGAUCCAAGGCAGCAUAAACAAGCUGAGGUAGCCUUGAAAGUCGAGCAGGCCAAACCUGGAUUUUCUCUCCUUCUCCUCAACAUUGUUGCCGCAGAUACUCUGCCAGUUAAUACAAGGCUUUCGGGAGCUUUAUGCUUCAAGAACUUCAUCAAGUACAACUAUGUGGACGAAGAGCGAAACUACAAGCUUCCACAAAAUGAAGUCUUUACGAUAAAGACUGAGUUAAUCGGCCUCAUGGUCUCAGUCCCAAAUACUAUACAAGCUCAGCUUGGAGAAGCUAUUAGUAUUAUCGCAGAGUCGGACUUUUGGGAUAGAUGGGAUACAUUGGUGGAUGAUUUGGUCUCGCGUCUUACUCCGGAUAAUGCUAAAAUCAAUAACGGUGUAUUGGAGGUUGCGCAUUCAAUAUUUAAGCGAUGGAGACCACUAUUUGCCUCGGAUGCUCUCUAUACAGAAGUCAACCACGUACUCUCAAAAUUUGGACAGCCUUUUAUACAGCUUCUAGCGAGCACCGACCAGCAAAUACAAGCUAAUAAGGAUAACAAGGAGGUUUUGAAGCAGCAUUUCGAGACGAUGAAUCUUUUGAUGAAGGUCUUCUUUGAUCUUUCCUGUCAAGAUCUCCCUCCUAUCUUCGAGGAUAAUAUCGAAGACUUAUCCAAACUUCUACACAAAUAUUUGACAUAUGAGAACCCUCUCUUGGCGACAGACGAUGAUUCGGAAUCGGGACCUCUCGAGUUUGUGAAGGCUGGCAUAUGUGAGGUGUCGACGCUUUACAUGCAGAAAUACGAAGACGUAUUUGGGAGACUCUGUGAGCCCUUCAUUACAAGCGCCUGGAGUUUAUUGACAACCAUUGGACCCGAAACAAAAUUUGACAUACUUGUCAGCAAAGCAUUGCAUUUCCUGACUGCUGUUGCAAGUCUCGACAAGCAUGCUCAAAAUUUCAACAAUGGGGACAUAUUGAGUCAGGUGGUCGAGAAAGUCAUUUUGCCCAAUGUUAGCUUGAGGGAAACAGAUAUUGAACAGUUUGAGGAUGAGCCCAUCGAAUACAUCCGAAGAGAUUUGGAGGGUUCAGACGCCGACACCAGACGACGAGCAGCAACAGACUUUUUGCGCAAACUUUUGGAGAAGUUUGAGCCACUUGUAACAGAAGUUGUUGGACGCUACAUCAAACACUAUCUUGACCAAUUCUCCCAAAACGGCAGCGAUCAUUGGAAAUCCAAAGAUACCGCUGUAUAUUUGUUUUCGGCUAUUGCAGCCAAGGGUGUCAUCACAACUGGACAAGGAGUCAAAACCACUAACCCCUUGGUGAACGUUGUCGACUUUUUCCAGCAAAAUAUUGCAAAUGACCUACUCGCCGAAACGAGCGUGGAGCCAAUCUUGAAAGUAGAUGCUAUCAAGUUCCUUUAUACGUUCCGUAGUCAACUGACGAAAGAUCAAUGGAAAGCGGCUUUUGAACCUUUGGUCAAGAAUCUCGGAUCGUCCAAUUACGUGGUGUAUACUUAUGCCGCAAUCACCGUGGAAAGAGUUUUGUUUCUUACAAAUGAUGCAAACCAGCAUCUCUUUGGGAAGGAAGAUGUACUGCCACUUUCUGAAAGUCUUUUAGAUCACUUGUUCCAUUUGAUCGAAAAAGAUGCCGCGCCCGAAAAAAUCCAAGAGAAUGAAUUCCUUAUGCGCUGUGUUAUGAGAGUUCUCAUCGUUAUCAAGGACGGCGUUGUUCCAAUAGCGGAUAAUGUUUUGCAGCACUUGAUUAAGAUCACUCAGGUCAUUGGCCAAAAUCCCAGUAACCCACGCUUCUACUAUUAUCAUUUCGAGGCCUUGGGUGCUUUGAUCAGAUGGUCGGCGCCUUCCCAGCCCGAUAAGCUUGAGAAUGACUUAUACCCAACUUUUGCUGGUAUUCUCUCCAGCGAUGUUCAAGAAUUCAUGCCUUACGUCUUCCAGCUUUUCGCCGCGCUUUUGGAGGCCAACCCAUCCACCACACUUUCUGACUACUACAGGAAUUUGAUCACUCCAAUAUUAAGCCCCACCCUUUGGGAAUCCCGUGGAAAUGUUCCAGCACUCACUAGGUUACUGUCUGCAAUGAUACCUAAAUGCGCUGCUGAGCUUGUAGCGAACAACCAACUUGAGCCAAUCCUUGGUAUCUUCCAGAAACUCAUGGCUGGUAAAUCGAGGACCGAACUACAAAGUUUUGAUGUUUUGGAAGCUUUGAUUAUAUCAUGCAACGUUUCUGCCAUCGAACAGUACUUCCCUACGAUCUUGAACAUCAUGUUCACACGUCUUAACAGCAACCCCCCCGAAGCUUUCAAGCGUCGCUUCGUCCGCUGCUAUCACCUUAUCUCAUCUAAAGACCAGCAAGGCCUUGGAGCAGAUUUCUUUAUAAAGCAAUCCGAUGCUGUUCAAGAAAGCGUAUUCGUGCCUCUUUACUUGACCAUAAUUCUACCCAUUACUCAGCAAUUUCCUCGACCACUGGACCGCAAGAUAGCCGUCAUCUCUUUGACUAAGACUUUGACCGAUUCACAGGCUUUUGCCGUCAAGUACAAGAAGGGCUGGUCCAAGACUUGUGAGGCUUUGCUCAAGUUGUUGGAGAAUCCACCGCUACCAGUGACAAUGGAUGAUUUAGCUGCUGAAGCAGAUGUCGAUGAUCUGAGCUUCGGAGUUGGCUUUACGCAGCUUAACACUUGCAAGAAGGUGGCGGAUGAUGAAUGGCCAGAGAUCACGGAUGUAAAGCUUUGGGUAGGAUCGUAUUUGAGAGAUGCAAAUUCGCGACACGACAGAGCGAUUUCAGGUUUCGUGAACGAAAGAUUAAAUUCGGAGGCCAGAAGUCUUCUGAUAACCGAACCCGCGAUUUUGAUUUUGAAUUCUUCUGCCCACCUGCCCACCAAUCAAACUUUCGACGACGACUCAGAGGAAAAUCACAGCAUCAUGAGCGCCUUUCAAAACGGCGGCAUCGCAUCGCGAGCCUUGGACGAUAACUCCGAUAUCGAGGAGGAGGCACUUGCCAACGAUUACAAAGAGCAGGUUCAAUAUGAGGGCAUGGAAGAGUUGGAACAGGUCAACUCGAUGAGCAUGGCACAACAGACGGAUGAUAUUCAAUCGAGGCUUGCAGCUGCUGCGCAACCUUUGGACUUCUCUGCCUCUCUCGAAGUCAAGUUUGCAAGCUACGAUAACUAUUGUAGUCUUUUUCACUUCAUUUUGAACUCCGACGGGCCUGUUGACCUCGAACCACCAUCCUACUACUGGGCUUGGGACGUUAUCGACGAGUUCAUCUACCAAUUUAACUCUUUCUGCUCAUACAGAAAUCGAGUCGCGCGUCAAGGUACAAAUGAAGAAGAAAUUCAAAUUCUCCGCGAAGCGCCAAACACAUGGGGAUGCUACAGUGUUCUCAACGUUUUAUACUCUCUCAUUCAGAGAUCGCAAAUCAACGAGCAACUAGCUGCCAUGAAGCGCAAUGAAGAGCCUAUGGCAGUCGCCGGCGAUUAUGGCUCGAAGUCCUUGUACAGAAUGCUCGGAUACUUCUCUAUCAUUGGACUGUUGCGAGUUCACUGUCUUCUCGGAGAUUUCAGUCUUGCCUUGAAGACCCUUGACGAUAUCGAGCUCAACAAGAAGGCUAUGUUUGCGCGUGUUAUGGCCGCUCAUUUCACUACCUAUUACUAUGUAGGAUUCUCAUACAUGAUGAUGCGCAGAUACGCAGAUGCCAUCCGCAUGUUUAGUCACAUCUUGAUCUACGUUUCGAGAACCAAGAACUUCCAAAAGAACGCACAAUAUGACUCAAUCUCAAAGAAGAACGAUCAAAUGUACGCCCUCAUUGCCAUCUGUGUGGCUUUCCACCCAACCCGUCUCGAUGAUACCAUCCACACUGCCCUGCGCGAGAAGUAUGGUGACCAGCUCCUUAAGCUUCAACGUGGUGGACCCGAAUCCCUCCCAAUCUUCGAGGAACUAUUCCGCUCCGCUUGCCCCAAGUUCAUCUCUCCAACUCCUCCCGACUUCGACAACCCAGAGUUGAACGUUGAUCCUCUUGAGCACCAUCUAUCUAUUUUCAUGGAUGAGGUCAAAACGAACAUGUGGAGCCCAACUGUGAAGUCGUAUCUCCGAUUAUAUACCACCAUGGAUUUGAAGAAGUUGGCCGGGUUCUUGGAGGUUGAACCUGAGAAGUUGAGGGGAUGGUUGUUGGUCAACAAGCAACGUAGCAGACAAAUUAGAUGGACUGAUAACGGCUUGUUGGACGGAGAAGUAGUCAACUCUAAUGAUCUCGAUUAUGCUAUGCAAGGAGAUCUUAUUCAUAUUUCUGAAGCAAAGGUUGGCCCUGAACAAGAAUUUACCAUGUCAGCGCCUACUUCACCGCACGCCAAAAGUGCAGAUUCGCCAUCUCCAAAAUCUCCGCUUUCACCCAAUACUUCUGCGCCAGCAAACGCAGAUUAUUUUCCUUCUCCAAAGCUUGGGUCCAUCACCGAACAUGUUCAAUAUGAACAUCCGCCGACCCAACGGCUAAACUCAAUAUCGAGCGUAUCCUUCAGAGGAAGUUCCAAAGGACCGCGGCCCUUGAAAGAAGGGAUUGGAAAAGGGAAGAAGCCUCUAACCCGCCCUCGCCUGAGGGGCUCGAGUCCACCUCCUCCGCCGAAAUUUCAGGGAAAAGUCUCCUUCGACAGCAUUGGAUCACUAUCGGAGCCCACGGAGAGGAAUACUAGAAGCUAUACACAAAAUUCCAAACACGAGGGAUAUCAGUACAAACGAUCCUCAAGGACUUUUAUGGUCGGCAUAGAUGAAAAUUCGUAUUCGGACAUUGCUUUACAGUGGAUGCUAGAGGAGCUUGUCGACGAUGGAGACCAAAUUAUCUGUUUGAGGGUCAUUGAUAAAGACUCGAAGGUGAUCACCGACAGAGCCCUGGAGAUCAAGCAAUAUCAGCAGGAUGCAAGAGAACUACUGGAUACGAUACAGAAAAAGAACGAUGACAAUAGAGCUGUUAGUAUUGUGCUGGAGUAUGCCAUAGGGAAAGUUCACACGACGUUUCAAAAAAUGAUUCAAAUUUACGAACCUGCAAUGCUCAUCGUUGGAACUCGAGGACGAAGUCUCGGUGGCUUCCAGGGCUUGGUAGGAAACAGAAAUUCAUUCUCAAAAUGGUGCCUGCAGUAUUCGCCUAUCCCUGUUGUUGUCGUAAGGCCUACUGAAAAGAGGUUGAAGAAGAAACAGAAAAGAGAUGCAGAUCCUGCACGUCAAAGUUACAGUCGCAUUUUACAAGAGAGUGGAGUGAAUGGCCAUGAGACAUCAAUCGUUGCAAGCGAUCUUGAGAGCGCAACCGGCCCUCUUAUUGAGGCGCAUGCGGUAGCAGCUGCUCUUGGUUUACCAGCGGAAUUCGAUCCCACACUGACGCCCUUUACUCUUGAAGGUAGUCGACCACUCAAAAAGAUAGAUUCUGGCAAAAGCGAAGCAACAAGCUGUACCAGUGGAUUGGAUUCUCGACCUCAAAGUCCAGAGAUGCUUAUGAAGAGUCCUCGGUCUGCACAGCUUGACAGUCCGAUUAUGAGCGGCGAUGAUUAUAGCGAUGGAGAAGGAGACGAUGACGAGGGGGAAUUUGAGGUAGUGCCAGGACACAUGCUACUUGGCAAUGCGGAUAUAUCUCAGGCAAACCCCGAUAUUGAGAGGAAAAAUAAGCUUCAUAAGAUGGAGCUCGAAGAAGCAAAAGCUCUAGGUAGAAAAUCUUCUACUGGUUCCACAGAAAGCGUUGAUCCAGAGGGCGGAGGAGAGAACAGUUGA